AUGUCGCUGCUUCUCGGUGUUUUUGUGCUGAUUCUGCUCGGACUGGACUCUGCGAAAGCUUCGGGUGUGGUGACGUUCUCGCGGCAACCUCAGAACCAGACGGUGACCCAGGGGAAUGCGGUCCGUCUGGGCUGUGCCGUGAUGGGUCUGUCUGAACCUGACAUAGUGUGGAGGAAAGACCAGAGCAAAGUCUAUUCCACGGACCAGAUGUUCCUCAGCCUCGGAGAGCUCCACUGGGAGACCUUUUACAGUGUCCGCUCGGUGCAGCAGCAGGACGGAGGCCGAUACUGGUGCGAGGUGGAGUCAGAGGGACAGACGUACUCUUCUGAACCGGCAUGGAUCACUGUGGAAGGAGUGCCGCACUUCUCCCUGGUGCCACAGGAUGUAGCUGUAGUUCCUGGUGAGGCCUUUAACCUGUCGUGUGCCGCAGUGGGGCCUCCUGACCCUGUGGAGGUGCUGUGGUGGCUGGGAGGGGAGCAGGUGGGGGGUCCAGAGCCAUCUCCCUCAACGCUGCACAUCACAGGCGUCAACAGCAGCGUGAAGUUUUACUGCGAGGCUAAAAACACUCGUGGGAUUUCUGUAUCCAGGACAGGGACAGUCCACAUCAAAGUUCUCCCGUCGGCUCCUGAAGAUCUGCAGGUGCUGAGUCUGGAGGAGAACAACAUCACUGUGUCCUGGAGCCCGGGAUUCAGCGGCUACUCCCCCCUCCACUCUUGCUCUGUACAGGUGUCUGGUCCUCCAUGGGUCCGGAUCCCAAGUCCGGUCCAGGUCCUGGUCCCUCCUCACAGGGUCUCGGUCUCUGGACUCCGGUCACACUCGGACUACAGCCUCAGAGUGUCCUGCUGGAACCAACUGGGACCCUCACCCCAUUCGGACUGGAUCAACUUCACCACACCAGAGUCCGUCCCCAUGUUGGCUCCCAGGAACCUGACCUUCGACCUCUCGGACAGUCAGCUGAUCCUGCGGUGGGUGGCGCUAGACGAGGACGAGCUCCAGGGGAAACUUCAGGCCUAUAAGGUCCAGUGGAGUCUGGGCUCAGAGACACAGGAGCCGCUGUUGUUCAAAGACUCCUCUGCGGUCCUCUCUGGACCGGGUCGCUUCCUGAACGCCUCGGUCCAAGUCUCUGCCUGCACCUCUGUGGGCUGUGGACCCUGGAGCAGACCCAUUCAGAUCCUGCCCAAGCCAGUGUCCUUGCUGGUCCCUCGGAGGCACUUAUGGUCAGGGGUGCUCCUCGGGCUCCUAGGGGCCUCGGCCCUGGGUCUGAUGGUGGCAAUCGGAGCUCACAGACGCAGGAAAGACUCUCCGUUUGGCUCGGCGUUCAAACCUGUGGGUUCUGACAGUUUGGUGUCCUUCAGCGCGGCCCGCUCCUUCAACAGAACAGAGCCCCCAGAGGCCAGCCUGGACAGUCUGGGCGUGAGCGCGGAGCUGAAGGCCAAACUCCAGGACGUGUUGAUCCCAGAGCGGCAGCUGAGUCUUGGGCACGUUCUGGGGAAAGGAGAGUUUGGAUCAGUGCGAGAAGCCGUUCUCAAAACUGAGGAUUCUUCUCAGAAAGUGGCUGUAAAAGUCUUAAAAAAUGACAUCACCACGUCCUGUGACAUAGAGCAGUGUUUGAAGGAGGCGGCCUAUAUGAAGGACUUCAGCCACCGCAACGUCAUCCAACUCAUAGGAGUCAGUCUUCACCGUCGUCCCGGUCAGAGGUUACCGGUUCCCAUGGUGAUUCUCCCAUUCAUGAAACACGGAGAUCUCCACACGUUCCUCCUGCUGUCCAGACUCGGAGAAAACCCUUUUAACCUGGAGCUGCAGACGCUCGUUUGCUUCAUGCUGGAUGUGGCUCGAGGAAUGGAAUAUCUGAGCAACAAAAACAUUAUUCACAGAGACCUGGCUGCACGGAACUGCAUGCUGGAUGAGGAUCUGAGGGUGUGUGUGGCAGACUUUGGUUUGUCCAAGAGGAUCUACAGUGGAGACUAUUAUCGUCAGGGCUCUGUGUCCAAGCUACCGGUGAAGUGGAUCGCUCUGGAGAGUCUCAGCGAUAACCUCUACACCAGUCAGAGCGACGUGUGGGCUUUUGGAGUGACCAUGUGGGAGGUAAUGACCAGAGGACAGACUCCGUAUCCCGGUGUAGAAAACUCUGAGAUCUACGAGUAUCUGAUCAAAGGAGAAAGACUCAAGCGGCCUCCAGACUGUAGACCAGACAUGUGA